CGAGGCUGGUCGCGCCCAGAUGCGGGUCGGGGCGGCGCGGGGCGGCGGCGGCAGGCGCCUGCGAGCCGGAUGCGGCGCGUGGAGGAAAGAUGCAUCCUGGAACGACCCCGAGCGCGGGCGCAGGACUCCGGGAGCCGCCGCCGCCGCCCCCCCGCAGGCUGCUGGCCGCCGUCCUGUGGAUCCAGCUGGCGCUGUGCUUCGGGCCCGCACAGCUCACGGGCGAUUGCCGCGUCCCUCAGAUCGAAGAUGCAGAGAUCCGUAACAAGACCUACAGACGUGGGGACACGCUGACGGUUGCCUGUCACGAGGGGUUCAGGAUCCGUUACCCUGACCCGUACAACAUGGUUUCCUUGUGUCGUGAUGACGGGACGUGGGACAACCUGCCCCUCUGUCAAGGCUGCCUGAGACCCCUGGCCUCUUCCAACGGCUACGUGAAUGUCUCCGACUUGCAGACCUCCUUCCCGGUGGGGACGGUCAUCUCCUACCACUGCUUCCCCGGAUUCAAGCUGGAGGGGGCCGAGUCCCUCGAGUGCUUGCACAGCCUCCUCUGGUCAUCCAGCCCACCCCGGUGCCUUGCUCUGGAAGUGUGUCCGCUGCCCCCCACGGUGAGUCACGGCGACUUCAUCUGCCACCCGCGGCCUUGCGAGCGCUACAGCCACGGGACCGUGCUGGAGUUCUACUGUGACCCUGGCUACAGCCUCACCAGCGACUACAAGUACAUCACCUGCCAGUACGGGGAGUGGUUUCCUUCCUACCAGGUCUACUGCAUCAAGUCAGAGCAAACGUGGCCCAGCCCCCACGAGACCCUCCUGACCACGUGGAAGAUCGUGGCGUUCACGGCGACCAGCGUGCUGCUGGUGCUGCUGCUCGUCAUCCUGGCCAGGAUGUUCCAGACCAAGUUCAAGACCCACUUUCCCACCAGGGGACCUCCCCGGAGCUCCAGCAGCGACCCAGACUUCGUCGUGGUGGACGGGGUGCCGGUCAUGCUUCCGUCCUACGACGAGGCUGUGAGCGGAGGGUUGGGGGCCUCGGGCCCCGGGUACCUGGCCGCCGUGGGCCGGGGCUGCCCUUUGCCUGUGGACGACCAGAGCCCCCCCGCAUACCCCGGCUCAGGGGACACGGACACGGGCCCGGGGGCGUCCGAACCCUGUGACAGCGGCUCGGGCCCUUCCGAGCUGCUCCAGAGUCCGUACCCGCCUUCCGGGGGCCACGGGGGCCCACGUUCCGGCAGCGUGGACACGGGUGCUGGCUCGGUGGGAGAGGCGGCAUCCACUAGCCCGGGCAUCGACAUCACAGACGUGAGCCCGGAGCUGAGAUUUCAGGAGGCGCCACGGCGGCCAGAGCAGGGGGGCUGCGGAGCAUCCAGAGAUCCCGCUGAUGGAAGACGACCCGUAGCCAGCAGAGCCGCGAGGACCCCCACCCUCCGGGGACCGAGCACCUGCGAGCGAGGCCCAGGGGCACGGAGCAGGGGCGCGGGGUCUGCAGCUCCGUGCCCGGGACCAAGACGCGCCCCCACUCCUGGCCCGGCUCUGCGGCUGGCACGUGCUGGCGGCGGUUCCCACGACCUCGCGGGCAGUGGGUGCCGAGGGGCCUGGCGCUCCCGGGGGGGCUCCAUUCACCUCCGCUGAAUCCGCACCCGGGACUUGAGCUGAGGGCACCUCCCGCCGCCCCCACGUCCCUCGCCGAUUCGCCCCGGGUCUGCUCCCUGCGGCGCGGCCUCCGUGCGAACGGCUCCGGGCGCCCGGGCGCAGGCCCGUCCCCUGGACGCGGUACUCGAUGGUGGGGCGCGGGCCGACCGUCCCCAAGUGCGGUUCCUCUGAGCCUGCCUUUGCCGAAACCCGGUCGGAAUCCGUGUCGUGGGCCCAACGGCACGCGGACCGGGCUCCUGUCUCCUGACGUUGUGGGCGCUUGGCCGUGCUCGGACGCGGCCCGGCAGAGACGGCCACAGGCACCGUGUCCGGCGUCCGUCACGCGAGCCCCGCCGGUCGCCUGCUACCCCACCCCCAGAAUGCAGCCAUACGUUUAUUUUCCAAAACAGAAAUUGUUUCUGUAAACGUGCUCCUCCUCCAAAUAAAGUAUGA